AUGAGUACAGAAUGUGUUAAUGUGCAUGGUGAUGUAAUAAUCAAUUAUGAAAACCAGGAUCUUGCGUAUAUGUUUGAAUCCGUUGAGAGCAUUUUUGGAAGCUUGAUUAUUUAUGGAACUAAUUUGACAAGUAUUGAUUUCCUUGGAAAACUGGAACAUAUUAUUUCAUUGACAGAAGAGCAGCCAGCUCUUAUAGUUGAAAUGAACUCCAUCCUAUCAAACGUAUCGUUUCCAAGUCUACAGAGAGUUCAAUCCCGUGCGUAUGUACCAGUUCUGUUUAAUAAUAACAGUGUAUCGCUUGUGAAAGAUCCUAGUUACUGUUAUGAUAUUAGAAACAGUGUGACGACAAGUGAUACGUGGAUCGUCAAGUUUGAUGAUCAAGUUUGUGAAGACGUUGAAAAAGCUGCCGCUGCUUCAGUAGUCAAGGACAAGUCUACGAGAGGAGCUCACUUGCAACUAUUUCUGAUAACUAUUGUUUCGAUCGGUGUUCUUUUUAAUUUUUAA